AUGGCUGUUCUACUUCUCGUGAGUCUGUUGGAAGAGUCGGUGCUGCUCCAAACUACACUAUUUGGUCAUGAAUUGCUGUGGUAUUUGACCAUUUCGACGGGUGUGUUCGCGUUAUCGCGUUCCUUUACGACGUCUGCGUCUCCGUUCCUGGUCAACGGGGAUUGUGAAGAAGCGAUGAUGCAGGUCUCUGCUGAAACGCACUACUUUCCGAAGGAAUGGCGGGGCCAGUGUCAUUCGUUCGAGGUGCGAGACGCGUUCACGGUACUGUUCCCUUACAAAGCCGUGCUUUUCGCGGAGGAAUGCGUGUCGGUCUUGUUGGCUCCGUAUAUCUUGUGUGUCUCGCUUCCACGACUUGCCCGCGAGAUCUUGCUCUUCCUGCGGUCACAUUCGCUCGUGCAUCCUAGUACUGGAGCUGUUUGCCGGUUCGCGGAGUUCGACUUUAAGGAGUACGGUAACGACGCCAAGAUGGAGAGCUCGUUUAUUAACUUCAAGCAGAACCACCCGAAAUGGGUCGGUGCUCGUGAAGGAGAGGCACUUAUGCAACGUCUGGGCAAGCUGAAGGAAGAAGAGAUGGAGAAGUCGAUGAGGAUGGGAGACACUAUGAUGUACAGCAGCCACAUGUCGAUGUCGCAGCAGCUUAUGCAGUCUCAAGCUAUCCAGAACGCGAUGGGUGGCGGACGUAUGAGCGGAUACAUGCCGCAGGACAACGAGUUCUACUGGUUGGAGAAGCUGCAUCAGCAAGGCAGGCUGGGCGAAUUGGAUCUGGAAGGCAUGAAAGGCAACCCUGCUGACAGUAUUUCUAUCUCGAGUCUUGGCUCUCCGUGA